AAUUUUCAUUAUACAUUUAAAGUUUUUAAAAAUUUACCUCGUUUACAGGUCUACACGUGGUGUAAAAAGGGUAUUGCUAUUAUCAACCCAGAUUAUCUUAACUGAAAAAAGCGAGAAAUGUGAAAACGAUAUGGAAAUUUGCAUCAUGUCUAAUGAUACGUCAUCAGCUAUGGACGAAGGAAAGACUAGUUCUUUUUCGCCUUUCAUAUGCAAUACACACCAUUUUCUUUCGUCUCCUAAAGUUUACUUUAACGGGUCAAUUUUUUUUUUCUGUGAAAAAUAUAAAUUAGCGCGUGAAAUUUUAUUCAAGUGUUUGAAGUGAGGCUUGAAUUUUUCUUCAUUUUUUCUGAAUUUAAAUCACACGACUUCGUGUUGAAGUGAAUGUAUAUAUUUUGGUAGUAAGGUGAGAUUUUUAUAUAAAAAUAUUUUUUGCCCUAUCCAUUCAGCAAUACAAAGAGCCGACCAAUGUUAGUGGCCUAUUAGUGACAGCUAGUUUUAAAGCCGAUAAAAAAAUCAAUCUACUUUGUGAUUUUAACACCUGGAAACGAGUUGUGUACUUUAACUGGUAAAAGUUUUGUUAAGUUUGAAAUUGUCUCUGCGUGGACGCAAGUGAAGUUUCGUUUGCAUGCUUUUAAUAUGUUGUCGUUAUAUGAGAAAUUUACAAAUGUAAAUAUUUAAUGUUAAUAUUGUUUCUAUUGUAGUCUUUUUCUUAAUUUUGUUUGACACGGAAAGUUUGAUAUUUUAACAAAUAGUUUUAAUUAAAAAAAGGAAUUGAGGAAAAACCAGGGAACAUAGUUUCAAUUUUUUGGAUAGACUAGUUCUAAAUAGCACACCAUGAUAUUCCAAUAAGUUACUUUCUCUGUCUUUCCUGAAAGAUAUUCUGCUGUACUUCUUUAUUCUCGAUUAUUCCUCACGUUUAAUUUUCUUUAAUUUACAGUGAAUAAAUAAAAGGUUUCAUGAAGAAGUUCGAAAGUUAUCUACUAUGUAGAAGAGGUUGGGUUUAGUGAUCUUAUUGCAAAGUACUGGAACUGGAAUUUCUAGCGAUGGAAAGAAAAGGAAUUGGAAAGGACCUGGAAAGGUUAUUUCUCGACCGUGCCAUUUCCGCGAAAGUAGACGAAAUGGAGGAUCGAUUAUCUCUGAACGUUUUCAACAAAAGUUAUGUCAAGAACAUUUCUACUGCGCAUAAUAACGCCAUAAUAACGCCCAAGGCAAAAGUGUUUCUUCGGCAAAACGAAGUUAUCUCUACAAUUUUAUCCACGGCAUUGGUUCCAUCCAUAAACUACCCAGGAUCAAAUAUUCCAAAAUGUGCAAAAGUGGACCCGACUACGCACAGCCAUGCCCAACCUGGCAGAUUAAAGGGAACAUUGCUAUCUGAAUAUGUGGAUAAUUUAUUGGAAAAUGAUGCUAGGUUUCCCGAUUCAAAAGAAGAAAAAUACAUUAUUAAUUCGAUGUUGGAUUUUUGUAAAGAUGUUUGUCGUUUAUUACACGAGCGAUACCCAAUCUUUCGGGACUGUUACUACCUUGAAACCGGAAGUGUGUUUGAAGGUUUGAAAACAAAUUGUCCAGAUGAAUUUGAUUUUAUGAUUAUUGUCCCUGAAUUCGCAAAUUCAAAUGUUAUCAAUUUUAAACCCGCUGAUGAAUUUCAAUUGUUAGAAUACAAUAUUAUCGAUAAGAGUAUGUUUUCACUUGAUCAGGAUGGUGAUUCUUCUUUUUUCACUAAAAUUGAUGGUAUCUUGGAAGACAUGUUUUUAGAAAUUCUGCCUGAGAAUUGGAGGAUUAGUGCUGACACGCUUGGACGAACGUUAACUACCUCAAGAAUAGCACACACUUUGAAACUUAUAUAUGACGGAGAUGAUUACAAAAACUUUGCCAUUGGUGUUGAUUUUUGUCUCUCCGUCCCGUUAAAGAAAGUACCUUUUUGGCUCGAUUAUUCUACCCUCGCAGGCGUUCAAGUAAUCGAGACAUCAAAACCCUUGUUUUACAUCAUUCGCGAUAAAAAUUGCCGACUGUCUUUUUCUGUGUAUGAAAAAGUCAUAAUAAACCAGUACCCAAACGAUUCGAAGCCCAAGUGUUUAUUAAGGUUAGUGAAAGUUCUUCGAAACAAAUUUCUGUCUAAAAUAUAUGAUCCAAAUACACGAUUGAUGACUUCAUGGAUGCCAUCAUACUGGCUAAAAACAGUGAUGUAUCAAAUGUUAUGUGAGUGCACGUGCGAGAGUUGCUGGAGCGAGAUCAACAUAGCUGACGCUGUUAUUAACUUGUUUCAAAAGGUUUACGACUGCUUAGAAGCUGAAACAUUGUUCAGUUUCUUUAUUCCUAAAUAUAACUUAUUGUCUCCAUUCAGCGCAAACCAGUAUCGAGUUCGGCAUAGAGCGACUUAUUUAGAAUCUCCAUUAAAAGCUGAAAAACUAAAAUACAUGGAUGAAAUUAAAAACUUGUUGAAAAUACUUUCAGCAUUAAACAAAAAUCAAGAUGUUAUAUCCAUGUUAGUAACAAUGGAAGAAGAACGAACGCUUUCCACGAAGAAAGAAUACGAGAAUAAUCUACGUGCAGAUUUAUUAAACAUGUUUUAUUAUUAUGCUUAUAACGAUGCAGACGACGAAAUGGGUUUUAACUCGAUAAAAACGUUCAUCAAGGAUCAUUUCCCGGCUAUGUCAAUAUCGGGCAGUGGCUAUGAUGUGGUUCUUAGGGAAAACGAUGAAAUUAUCAAUAUUGAUAAAAAACUUGCUGAAACAUAUGGAACUCACGAUGACGGGCAGGAAUUUAAUUUUUUCCCGUUAUCUCGCGAAUAACUGAGAUACGUGCGUUGUCACAAGUUAUAUGUCCAGGGUGUAAUCCAGAAAUGUAAAAUAUGGACCACUAAAUCCGAAAUGGGAACUUCACCAGGUGGUAGGUGUUAUUGAAAUCUUCUUUCUUCACAACUUAAUAAAUUUUAGGGUGGUGUAAUCCACACCCUGACGUCAGUGGCUAUGAUGUGGUUCUUAGGGAAAACGAUGAAAUUAUCAAUAUUGAUAAAAAACUUGCUGAAACAUAUGGAACUCACGAUGACGGGCAGGAAUUUAAUUUUUUCCCGUUAUCUCGCGAAUAACUGAGAUACGUGCGUUGUCACAAGUUAUAUGUCCAGGGUGUAAUCCAGAAAUGUAAAAUAAGGACCACUAAAUCCGAAAUGGGAACUUCACCAGGUGGUAGGUGUUAUUGAAAUCUUCUUUCUUCACAACUAAUUUACAAUCUUUAAAAUAGAAUAGAUCACCCUGAACUCAUUACAAAUAUCUUCAAGUUGGACAGGAAUAAUGUUUUGAGUUGUAUAAAGAAGAAAAUGUUAUUGUAAAAAGAUUUAUUUCGGACAAAGAAAAAAUCUACAAACUAAUAAAUAAGAAAUUAUAACGAACAUAGAAUUAAUAGUAUAAUAAAGAAAUAAGAUCGUUGAUUUAUUUA